AUGGCUUCCAAUCGAGAAGAGCGCUUGCAGAUGCGCCAGCGCGGUGCAGGCACGCGCAAGGUGCAGGCGGUUGAUUUUGGGUUUUCUUUUGGAUCUCCACCUGCAGCUGGCCAAUCGACCUCGAUAGUUCAAAACGGUCAAGCUGCUCCACCAGAGGAGGGUACGAAUGGUAUCGAUUCGCUAGUCGCAAAAGCACUUACGCCUCCUGUCAAUGAUGAAAGUUCUACAAGGAUACCAACUCCAACUACACGAACACCGCGUACGAGCAUCGCUGCUACUCAUUCGCCCCGUCGAAGUUCCGCAAGAAAGUCGGACGGCGGAGCGUCAGUCGCAAAUACAGUUGAUGAGCAAGAGGAAGGCCGGAGUAGCAAGCGCAGGAGAAUUAGUACAGAAAAUGAUCGUCUGACAUCUACGUCCUCUUCGAAAUCUACGCCAGUCGCAAAUCCACCCCUCUCAGCUACACGUGCCGAUAGUCAGCAAAUUGAAAGCCCAUCAAAUGGUAUAGUCGAUGGUUUAAAGAGUCCGGAGCUAGCUAUUGCUACUGAUUCCGCCGCUGUCGACCAGACUGAAGACAAUGAUGUACAUGAAACUGUUAAUGUCGAGCAGCAAGCCGAACCCGAGCAGGAAAUUGUAAGGACUGCUAGAAGAGGACGGCCGAAGACUAUCACUAGCACUCCUCAGGAGGACAUUAACAGGAGAGCAAGCGAAGCGGGCAAACAGCCAGCCAAAGGACAGGGCGGAGUCAAUGGUUCGGAGCCUCGUGAAAAUCAAGAGGAAAGCCAGUCGAAACCACCCAACAGGAAACGCAGACGAGGAUUAGCCAAACAGCCAAGUGGCGAAGAUGGUGCAGAAGACGAUCGUGAAUCCGAGGGUGAAAACGUGGAGUCAGGGGCUAAUAAACGCAGACAAAAACUGAAAGAUGCGGAGCCUGAACCCGAGCGCGAGCAAGACGGCGAGGAAGACAGCGUAUCAACACAACAAGUGCCGCGCGGCAAAAGAAAGUCACUGGGACGGCCGGCAAGAAACGUCGAAUCUGAAAAAGCCCAACAUGAUGAUACUGCAGCGCAGACUAGAAGGAAGCGCAAAGGCAAACAAAAAGACACCGAAGAGAAUGCUGAAACGGUCGAUGUACAAAACGACAUUGCCGCAGAACAAGGUUCAAGAGAAAGCGAAGCAAGGAAGAAACAGCCAGAAAGUGGUGCACCCCGACGCAGGGGUCGUCCAUCCCUUGAUAAGGCGCAACAACCCCAGCCAGAAGCGAAGACUACAACAGAACCUACAGAAGACACCGAGAAACAACCCGAGACAAGCACCGAGCAAAGGCAAGCCACAAAGCGUCGCCGUGGAAGGGCACCUGGUGUCGCAAAUGGAAAGGAGACUACCAGCCGACAGCAUACAAGGCAGCGAGAUACGCAAGAUGAGACCACAGAGGGAGAACGAGAGAAACGGCGGACAGGAGGCACAGUUUCGAUUACCGUACACCGCCUUGCCAACACUCGAGCUUUAGAGUCGCACGCAGAACCAGACUCGUCAACGUCGGACCAUGAGCAGGACUCAUCCGACGAACUACAGCUCGAAGUAACCGGCAAAAACUUCCCCAGCCGAACUGGCGUCAACGCCGCCGACGUCCUUUCUCAAAUCUGCAAAGAGAUUCUAGACAAACACGUGACAGCGCUGGAUACCAACAUCGCCAAUGACACCGCCAGCCAAUCCAAACGUUCCGAAUACGUCCGUCAGCGCAAAGCCGUCGAGGCGUAUGGCAGUCAAUUAGAGGGACGCCUCUUCGAGCUCAGCGAGUUGCUAGACAGUAAUUUCGCAUUGGGCGUGCAGCUAAAAAAGGCGAAGCGCGAGGCCGCCGAGAUGCGCAAUCGAUUACUUGCGGUGCGCCAACAGAGGCACGAAGUUACGCUUCAAAUGGAUGCAGUGCGCCGGAAACAUGGGGAGGAGGAGAAUGCGAAGAUGUCGCGCGACUCAAUCAACAAUGCACUUCACAACCUUGAACUAACACUAGACCGCAACCGCGUACGGCCGAAUGACGAUAGUGAGGCAAAAGACACCGGUAUAGCAGGCCUCGAAUUCUUACUUCGCAGCGUCUCUGACAACGUCAGCUCGGCGGCUGAGGGGUCGCAGGGCGGACUGCUUAAUCAGGUGAAGACGUUUAAUGCGCAGUUGGAAAGGGCUGCGAAGAAGCUAGAGCGGUAG